AUGGCAUUCCAUAUUUCACAUAGACCUGUUCCAAUUUCAGAUCUCCAUCCAAGUUUGAUUUCUCCAAGUGUGAAAGGAGUGAUAAUUGGAAAGACUGAUGCCAGAGGUUUUCCAGAUCGAAAAAAUUUUGGAGAAGAGAGAUAUACUUUCAGUUUUACUGUCAGAGACUCCCCAGGUCAUUUUAUUAAUGCCUCUUGCUGGGGUAAGGAGGAGUACAUAAGAUCCUUGGCAGCAAGCUUCAGAAUUGGUGAUUGUGUUGUAAUUGAAAAUCCUCUUGUUCAGACAAAAGAUAUUGAAAGAGAUGAGAGAUUUUGCCCUGCAACAUCAAGUUAUUACAAGCUGUCGGUUAGUGAGAUGCAUUCAUCAGUCUCAGUCUGCUCUAGCCUGGAUGUGGACACAGAACUUCUUUCUCUUUUGUACCUGCCCGUAAAAGAGCCACAUGAUUACUACAGUUUGGGAGAUAUUGUUGCUAAUGGACAAAGUUUUGAUGGAAAAAUUAUCAACAUUCUUGCAGCAGUUAGACUGGUUGGAGAGACAAAGAAUUUUAUCACUUCAGACAACAGAAAUGGACAGAGGUGUGAAAUUAAGUUGUUUGAUGAAACUGUGUCUUCAUUUCCUAUGAUCUGCUGGGAUAAAGAAUCUAUUCUGCUUGCCCAGACAUGGCUUCCAGGAGAAACAGUAAUAUUUGCUUCAGAUAUUAGAGUUGGCUAUGACAGUUACAGGCACUGCAUGACUGCAACAAUAAUCUCAAAAUCCAUAGUGACAACUAAUCCAGACACUGAUGAAGCCAAUCAGCUGUUUAACUAUAUCAAAGAAUAUGCUGCAUCUGGUGGGUUUGAAAAUGAAGAUGACGUGCUGUCUGAUACAAUAAACAUUUGUUCUAUUACGGAUGUGUAUAAUGUGCGGCAGCUAAAGCAAAAAGCUCAAGAAAAUGGUGACAAAUCUGACCCUGUUUAUGGAAUAGUUUAUGCAUUUAUUUCAACACUUAACAUUGAUUCUGAGAUUAAUAAAAUAAUACGAACAAGAUGUGUAAAGUGCAGAUUUCAAAUAGAUGACAUGUCAAACACAUGCAAAAACCCUUCUUGUGAAAAUGCUAUGAAUGUCACCUCAAGUAUUGCUAGUUUUGAACUACUUGUGGAUGUUUCAGAUCAUACAGGCACUCUGCAAUUUUGUAAUCUUUCAGGAAAUGCAGCUGAGAAAACUUUAGACUGCACAGUUGACGGAUUCUUAAGAUUAACUGAAGAGCAGAAAACAGCCCUGAAGUGGAAACUGCUUUUGGAACGCUGCAAAAUUUACCUCAAGAUUUUUACAUCCUCCAGUUCUAGAACAGGAUUAAGGAUAAAUGUGCUUUCUUGCAAAAUAGCAGAACCCGAGGAAGCCAGCCAAAUCCUUUCUACAUAAAAAUUCUAGAAGAAUGAAAUAUUCUAUUUUACAUAUUCAAAUUCUUAAAUAUGUUCUAUUUGAAUAAAUGACAUGCACAUUAUUGUAAA